AUGGCUGAAAUCACGGUGAAAAAGCGGCCGUUCUUGUUGUUAUUUGGUAUUCCCAACCCAACCACAACCAUCGCCAAUUGUCCCACUGUGUCCAAUAUGGCUGGUUCAACAGUCUUUAACUCAGGGUGGAAAAAGAGGAGCAAGGGUGAGGAGCCAUCAAAGAAAAUGGUUACUCCAUCAUAG